AUGUCUUCCACAAUUCCGUCGUCCUCGCACUCGGAGGCGGAGCUGAAGGCGGCAGAAGCUCUGCUGAAGUUGUCGAGGCAGGACGAGGUGCCGCGGCAGAGAAGGUUCAUCUGCAACAUGUGCAAGAGGGAGUUCGGUACUCGGCAGUCGCUUGGCGGCCACCGCGCCAGCCACAGGGGCCAAAAGGGCUGCUACGAGAGGGCCAGAGAAAGAAGAGAGAACCGUCGUCAAGACGGGACGAAGAGAAAAAGAAAGAGAGGGAGGGAGGCAGCCGGACCACCGUCUGAGGCCGAUCCAGUUGAUGCAGCAGCACCACCACCACCAGCAAUUCAUCGAGAGGAAGCAAGAAAGCAUGGUCCUGCAGCAGAUGGGAGUAGAACAAGGAAGAGAAUGAGAAAGGAAACUAUGGAGAUGUCGGACGCGGCCAAGCCUAUUGAGACAGCUGCGGCGGCGGAGGCGUCGCAGGAGAGAAGGUACAUCUGCAGUUGGUGCAACAAGCAGUUCUCCAGCUGGCAGGCGCUCGGCGGCCACCGCACCAACCACAAGGGCCAAAAGGGCUGUUCCGAGAAGGCCAAAGAAGCAACAGAGGAGAUAACGAGGAAGAGAAAGAAAAAGGAAACGGAGUCGUCGGAGGGCAAGCCAAUCGAGGCAGUAGCGGCAGCAACUCCUGCGACGUCGUCGCCUACGGUCGGGUCAUCGGUGUCAACAUCGACAAUAACAGCAGAAGGGACUGAGGAGAUGACGAGGGGGAAGAAGAGGAGACGGCUCGACCUGAACCUAUCGCCGCCGGCGUCAGAUUGA